CAUGACAACGGUGUGCUUCCGCGUUUGGUUGCUCUUUUUAUUCAGUUUUCCGAACUUAAACUGGCACAUUGGCUUACUUUAUUUUAAAAUUGUAUACAUAUCUAGAAAACUAUAAGAACAUCCUCUUUCUAAAUAUGGAACCAAGUAAUAAUAACAGUGUAAAAGCUAUUUUGUUUGAUUUGGACAACACUCUGAUCGACACGUCUGGAGCUGGUAAAAUAGCAAUUGAAAAGGUUAACCAUUUCCUGAAGUCCAAGUUUGACGAUGAAGACGGCAUCAUAGAUGUUAGUGAAAGGUUCAAAACUAAGCUAUGUCAGGAAUCCUUUGAUCCUUUGAAGAUGAAUAUAGACAAUUUAAGAACAUCUCACUGGGAUGAAGCUAUACAGGAAAUCAAGGGCACUGGGCCCAACAGGACUUUGGCUUCAGAAUGCUAUCACUUAUGGAAAUCAACACGCUUAAAAUGUUUAGCCAUCCCAGACCCAGUAAAGAGUAUGCUAGCAGAGCUUCGGAAAACCUAUAAGCUGCUUUUACUCACCAACGGUGACACACAGACGCAGAGAGAGAAGAUCAGAGCUGUGGGAUGUCAGGAACUGUUUGACGCUGUCAUUGUUGGAGGGGAACAUGCAGAAGAGAAACCUGCUGCUUCUAUAUUCCUGCACUGCUGUGAGAUCCUGGGAGUGAAGCCCGAGUCCUGCGUGAUGGUAGGCGAUUCUGUCGACACUGAUAUUCAAGGUGGUAUCAAUGCGGGUUUUAAAGCAACAGUUUGGAUAAGUAAAACAGCAGUCACAGCAGAGGCAGCCAGACCCCACUAUACGGUGCCCACAGUGCUGGAUGUGACUACGAUUCUGAACAACAUGAAUCAAGAACCACUCUGUUUAUUAUAAAAUGGAGUUUUAUACCUUGGUCUACUGGUGCCCAAUGAUCACACCAGGAUGACUGUUGGUUACUUUUUUUAAACAACAAUUGCGCUACAAAAACACUUGAUUUAAAGCUUUAGAUUGAAAGACUUGUGAAUGUUGUUGAAGGAUUUUUGAGAAAAAAAUGUUUCUCUUUAUUAGUUGAAUCUAACAAAUAAAUAUAGUUGUUCUGAAUUUUGUUGAUUUUGUUUUUAUGCAGGAGACUUGGUUAACUCGCAAACUUCAUUGAAGUGGAAUAGAAAUCCUUGUAUGCUACUUGCUGUUGUCAGCAUCCCAAACUUCUGUGCUC